GCGAGAAGCCGCUUGUAAACAGAGCCGGGCCGGGAUGGUCGGCGGCAGGAGCGGAGCCGCUGGCGGUGAGGAGGGCGGGCUGCCUGGGUCGGGGCCCUGCCGGGGGUCGGCUGCAGGCCGCGCGGGCGACCGGACCCAAGCCACGGAAAUCCAGGAUUGGUGCUGCAUUUCUCUCACAAAUACUGCCCUGCUGUCUUCACAGAGGCCUCCGAGAAUAAGUUCCCCAUGUGUCUGGCCUCCUCUGGGCAGCCAGAUGAAGGGUACUUCCACCGGUUCCCACGGCUGCACUGCUGAGCCACUGCUCUGUGUUGGCUGAAUGUUCGUGACAGCCUCUCCUGAAGUGGCUUAGGAGGCUUAGACCCUGUGUCAUGGAAGCUUUGGAAGUGGAUGACAUCAGCCCUGCCUUAGAGGUGACUGAGGACUUCUUUAGCACUUUCGAUAGUAAGCUGGAAAAGGCCGUACAGCAAGCAGAGGUGUACGGGAUCCAGGAAGUCCCUGAGCUGGUGGGGCACGAGGUACUCAGUAACCUAACAGACAAUGGUGCUUUGAGAAAUGUUGCCUCCCUGGGCAAGGGGACCAUGAUUUGGGACCACUGUAAGAGCAGGCUCCUCGAAACCAAAGCUCAAAAUGUCUUCCCGGCCAAAGAGCAGCUCAUGGUCCAGAGAGGGACCGCCCCAGACAACCUCUCCUGGAUGGAGCAAAAGGAAGCGUCAACCUUCAACUUCUUCAACUUCUGUCAGCGUCGGAGGGACAGACCUCGCUCCGUGAAUGACUUAUUGGAUGAGACCACCACUUUCAAGCCGGGACAUGCUCGGUCAAGGUCCGACAUCACCCACGUAGACUGGCGGCUGGUCCUCAGCACCAUGCCGCAGCAGCAGCAGCAGCAGCAGCAGCAGCUGGCCCUUCAAGGCCCUCACUUUGCCAGGCCGUCUUUCCUGUUGCCUUCGCCCAGUAAGGUUGAAGAUGCCCAAGGAAAUACAGAACACAAGCAGACGUUCCCAAACAUACUGAAGAAGGGCUAUCUGGAGAUCAGGAAGAACCACGACAGUUACUGGCAAAGCUGUUACGCCGAACUCUCACCCUACAACUUACGCUUCUACAGCCUGGACAGCAGCGGGAACCAAAGCCUGUAUGCCACGUACCAGCUGUCACACUUCCAGAGCAUAUCUGUGCUAGGCAAUCUGGAGGCCAGGAUGGUAGACACUGUUCUCUAUGACAACUCUCAGCUGCAGCUAAAGGCGGAGUCCCCGUGGGAGGCACUGGACUGGGGGCAGAAGCUCUGGGAAGUGGUGCAUGCCGCUGCACCCAAUGGCACGGGCCGGCAGGAUGAGCUGGCAAACUCACCAGGGUUUGGUCAUCAUGUUGACUGUACACAGAACCACUGUUUACAGAAGAAAUCCAGUGGGCUGCUGUCCACCCCUGUCUUGGAGAGCCCCAAACAGUACCAAAACAUCCUCAAAUCAGGGACACUCUACAGAUUGACCGUCCAGAACAACUGGAAGGCGUUUACAUUUGUGCUGAGCAAGGCCUACCUGAUGGCCUUUCACCCUGGCAAGCUAGACGAAGAUCCGCUGUUGAGCUACAACGUGGAUGUGUGUCUGGCGGUGCAGGUAGACAACCUGGAUGGCUGUGACUCUUGCUUUCAAGUCAUUUUCCCCCAAGAUGUCCUCCGGCUCCGGGCUGAGACCCGCCAGAGGGCUCAGGAAUGGAUGGAGGCUCUGAAGACAGCAGCCAACGCGGCGAGGAGUUCCGAGCAAAACCUGCAAGUCACACUGCGGCCCAAACCCAAGGAGCAGAUAGGUGGCCACGAGCUGCGGAAGAACAAGCGUCAGUCGGUGACCUCCAGCUUCCUGAGCAUCCUGACAACCCUGUCUUUGGAGCGAGGACUCACCGCUCAGAGUUUCAAAUGUGCAGGAUGCCAACGAUCUAUUGGUCUUUCUAACGGCAAGGCCAAGGUGUGCAAUUACAGUGGGUGGUACUACUGCAGCAGCUGCCACGUGGACGACAGCUUUCUCAUCCCAGCACGAGUCGUUCACAACUGGGACACUUCAAAAUAUAAGGUGUCCAAGCAGGCCAAGGAGUUCCUGGAGUACGUGUAUGAAGAGCCCCUGAUCGACAUCCAGCAGGAGAACCCCAUACUGUACCUCCACGCAGAGCCGCUGGCCGCUGUGGUGCGGCUGCGGCAGCAGCUGAAGUCGCUCCGGGCCUAUCUGUUCAGCUGCCGGGCGGCGGUGGCCGAGGACCUGCGCCGCAGGAUUUUCCCCAGAGAAUACCUCCUUCAACAGAUCCACCUGUAUUCUCUCGCUGACCUGCAGCAGGUGAUAGAGGGCAAGCUGGCUCCGUUCUUGGGCAAGGUCAUUAAAUUCGCCACCUCGCACGUCUACAGCUGCAGUCUUUGUAGCCAGAAAGGGUUCAUCUGCGAAAUCUGUAACAAUGGCGAGAUCCUCUACCCCUUUGAGGACAUUUCAACAAGCAGGUGUGAGAGCUGUGGCGCCGUCUUCCAUUCCGAGUGCAAAGAGAAGUCCGUCCCCUGCCCGCGCUGCGUCCGCCGGGAGCUGCAGAAGAAGCAGAAGUCCUUCUGGCGCCAGCUGAACGUGGACGAAAGCCUGGAGGAGGCGUGCACCAUGUUCGAGCUGUCCUACCAGAACACCUGACUGCAGGCCGGGCCGCUCUCACCCUCCACCGCCCGCGGGGCCACUCGGGCCCGUGCAGAUGAGGCUGUUUCUCCUCCAGCUAGAUGUAGAUAUCUAAGUUAUUUAUUUAUAUUAUACACACCUAUACGUCCCAUACGUAUGCUUCGUAUAACCCACUGUCCAAGAGGUCCACAGAGAUCCCGCGGCUGAACUCCUACCAGAUAGCUGGGUUACACUUGGCCAUGAAAUUCAGCUGCUUGCUCCCGGCAACUGUGGUUUACACACAUUGCUCUGUAGUUCAUUCCCCUACACUCACACCGGCUCUAAGGGCCGGGCUUCCUGCCGCACAGGCAUCAGAAGAAGCAUCUCCCACGGCUAAGCUCGGGGUUGUCGCUGAGUUUUAGCCUUUGCUAGGGAAACCAAGGCAGAGACCACUGUCAUCUGCUGCACAUGGAAAUCUACAAAACACGGCGCUUCUGGAUCCUUCCAGGCGCCGGAGUCCUUGGCAGAGACUGGAACAACAAAGCAGAGCCGCACCGCAGAAACCCAGAGGGUCCCUCCCUCCAACAGAAAACAGGAGGAGCAGAGCCGCCCUGGGUUUGAAGUUAAUCCCUGAAAAGUGACUACAGAAGGCCCUCGGUGGCCAGUCACUGCCUGUCCUCUGUCUGUUUGCUGGUACGAAGCCCAGCCCCUGCCCGAUGGUUACCUGCCAGAGUGGGCACAGACAUCCUAAGAACAGGUUUCCAAGCACGGUGUGGAGGAUGUUGGUUAUCUUUUUCAUAGUGCGGGCCGGGAGGGAAUGUCCCGGGAUUGUCCUCAAGCAUAUCAGUGCAUAGACUGCUAGGCGUACGCCACACACAUCUUGGGGGACACGAUGUUUUCUCUCCUGGAGGCCUGCAUGGGCAGUGCCCACCUGUCAUUUUGAAUGUUGUGUUUCUCAUUGUCCUUCGGAGCACUUUUGACCCUUCACCAGUCCAUGCGACGCCUCCUGCUUUUGUAUCCUGGGUGUUGUGUUUGUUUGGGAUGGGGCGUCUUUUAAGAAAGGGGCUGGCUGUAUAUCCCUGGCUGGCCUCAAACUUGUGAUCCUGCUGCCUCAGCCUCCCAGAUGCUGGGAUUACGGGUGUGCGCCAACAUACCUGCCCCGGCUUUACUAGUUUUUAAUUAUUUAAAAAAAAAUUAUUUACACUUAAAAGUUAUACAAUUAUUAAAGAGUAACAUUUUGAAAAAUAUCAACCUAAAUUAUUAAGAAAAUACCAAACGUAAAUAGAACUCAUGAAUUUAACAUUAUUGAAAUAAGUAGAUAUAUACAUACGUAAUUACCACCUUACAGUAACACAAAAAAGUAAACACUGUCGUCGUAGGCGCGAGAAGUGAAUCACUUCGCCCUUUGGAGGGUAGCGUCCUCCCCCUGCAGUCCCCUCCUAAGAGUGUGUAGUUAUCACUGUGACCAAGAUGGCUGGUGGGACGGCGCUGGGAACCGAUGGCCAGCGUGCCUGCUGCCUUACCAGGAAGUAGCUCGUUCGUUCGUCUGUCUUUCACCCUGAGCUGAUGCUGCCCGUUCUUCCCUCCUUCCCCCUUCGGGAUCGUCCCCCCUCUUCGCAUCUGGGGGGGACGCUGGCUCACUGAGCAUGCGUCCGUCCGUUUCCUCUCCAUGUCCACCCCCGCAGGCCCCCGCUCUUGACGCUCUCUCCCCUGGGAGACAGUCAGCGGACUUGUGCAGCCAGGGGUGAGCAUCCCCCUCUCAGCCCACACCGUUUCCUUUGGCCCCAGACCACGAAGUUCAGCGCUACACGUGCGUUUAUUCCCUGGCUACCUAGAAGCUGUAACCAAGGCAUGAAACUUGGUAAAAGGCCAGGGCCCCAUUUACCAGACACCCCACGGUGCCUUUUUUAAACUCUUGGAAAAGGCUGACGCCCCCUCGCUGGAGUGGUAGGGAAUGUCGCUCACGAAAGACAAGGGUGGGAAGUCUCCAGCACUUGGCAAAAUAGGCAAACAGAUUUGAGAGUCUCCCUUCCUCCCCCCCCCCCUUCGUGAAAUACAGUAUUUAUAUUUUCCAGCCUCGGAGAGGAGAGCAGAACAUGAUCUUUCACGGGAGAAUUAUAGACCUGCUUAUUAGGAAACAGAUGUGCUCCUGUGGCAGAGUGCCUUCUCUCUCCACCCCAGUCCCUGUCACUGCCGCUUCGACUUUGACUUGGCUGUAAUUCAUCUAUCUGUGAUUCUGACUGUCGGGGAGGCUGUGCCCAGCACACUGAGCGCACACACACACACACACAGGUUUGCCCUGUGUACAGAACUCACAGGUACCCAAGGUCAGACCUGCUCCAAGUCAAGGGUGAAAUCUGAAUCCCUGCUCUAGACACCUGAGUUGUCCCCACUGUCCCCUUAGAGGGCCCUGCUCUGUGUGUAUGUGUGUGUGUGUGUGUGUGUGUGCAGACCUUGGGAGCUCCUAAGAACUUUGCCCGGACAUUGCUUUUUGCUUUACUUUUUAAAGGGGAAAAAGAUAAAUGCGCUGUCAACGAUCUGGACCUGGAGCCAUGUCCCUGCCACUUCUCUUUUCUCUCUUGCUGUGUAUCUCUGGUAGCCUGGUCCAUGCCAGCCCUGGGCUCGCAACAGCCAUCUCUGCCACCACCACCCAAAUCUGAGAGGACACAGUGGAGCCAGUUUAGGAGUUGGGUCUACCAUGAAAAUUCAAAAUUGCUAUUUUCAGCCCAGAAUGCCAUCGAGUGCAUGAAGGCCCUUACUGUUUUGAGGUCUAACAAAUUACUUGGUGCAGUGUUAGGUAAUUGUUCUACUGCUUAGAAACCACCGAAACAAAAGCAAGCCUGUGGAUUUCCACCUCCUUAUCCCAUCUCAGUAAAUAUCGUACACGUUAAAGCAUAAUGGAAAAUGGCCCAUUAAUCUCCUGGAGCUGGCAGUGGAGUCUGGGGAACUGCUUUUUCACUAAACAGCCCAUUCCCUGGUACAGCACAAGAAUUCCCUCCUGCUCAUGCCAGAAACUCCUGUGUGACAGCAUCCAGCCUGGGGGAAGUGUUGGCACCCAACCUCAGCGUCAGGAAGCCAGUUCCUAAAAUAGACCGGGGUUUGCACUGCAGCGGGAAGGCCGCGGAGUGUUCCAGAGGCAGUCAGCUGCGUUGGGAGCGAGUUCUUUCCAGGGCUGCCCGUUCCCAAAGUCGGAAGCAGCUGGAUCUGAAGACCAUGGAAACCCUCUGCUUCCCCCCCUAAACUGGACGUGCUGAAUAAGGGCCGUCUUUUGGGAGCCUUCGCAUUUGAUGAGCUGAGAGGGAACCACUUCUUAAUUCUUCUAUAAUUGGCCCUACCAAUAAAAGGGAAUAUGACAACAGUGCGAUUUGCAGGUUCUGCUACAGUCCUGAGAUAGUCCAGUGUUGACUCCCCUCAUCUGCCCCCAAACAAGUGUCUCCGUCACUCCGUCACUGUGGCUAAGUCCCAGGGCACCCUCUGGUGAGGUCUGGCCUCGUCUCUGCUUGUCAUGUGUGCGCACUGAAUGUGAGCACCCAUGGGUUUCUUUCUCCACCUCCCUAAAGAAGCUCGGCUUCCAGCCUUGCAAGUCCAUUCUCUUUCUGUGGGCCAAAAAAACACCAGACACAAACUACCUGUGAGAGCAGGACCACAGUGAUGCCACACACACACACACACUGAGCACCGACUCCACAGACCGCUGCCAUCCAGGAAGUGGAGACACGUGCUGCUGUUCGUUCUGGGGAGAGCCCAGCCCCUCCCCCUGCAGAUUAGCCCUCUGUCACCUCCCAGGCUUUAUUGAAAUCGCUAGAUUAAGAACUGAUCUUUGACCCUUUGUUGGAAUACUGCCUGGUUCCAACACAGACUUGAUUUUAUUUUGUUUUAUUUUUUUUUUCUCAUGCUAAAUGGAGAUGUGUGCCGCUUUAUGUGGGGAGUUUUCUACACUACUUUUCAUCUUCUGAAAUAAUGUGGAGAAGUCAGGAAUUUGAGACAAUGGGAAAAAGCUGGCACUGCCCUCCACGGCAUGGCUGGACCACUGACCUUUCUCCUUAUCCUCUCUUGUUGAUGGUGGGCGUUUGGAGCCUGGGUCACUGCCCUGCCCCUUCCCCCUGCCUGUCCCCAGGUUACAAUUGACGCGAAGAACCCCCUCAGCUAAGCUAACCCAUGCUGAUCUCUGUCACAGGGACAGCGGUCUUGACAGUUAAGUCUCAGCACCCACCAGUCCCUUCCUGUAGACAGUUCUGUCCUUUCUUUGGAUUCAGUGCUCUCCGACUCAAGAAUUUCUUUCCGGUAUGUUUUAGUGGGUGCGGGGCUGAGAUUAAAAACUCCACACCACUAUAAAACUAUAAAACUCCGUUAAAGAAAAAAAUCAAAGAGGAAGCAUGGGGCAUCUCCCAGCCUGACUGCACCUGUCAGAGGUUUUCUUAAGAUGGGCUCCUGGUGAUCAUGGCAUGGACCACCGGCUUCAUGGAGUCGGCUCUGGUGUGAUGGGAAGCGCUGGCGAGUGGAACGCUGGUUCCUGUGCCGGAAUCUCUCUCUCUCUGAGGAAAGAGGCCACUGACUGCUCAUCUUUUUCAGAAAGCCCAUUAUUUAGCAGGCCAGAUGACUAAGACACCUGCAGCAGCUUUUCCACAGUUGGGUCCCUCUAACUAGCCAUGGAAGUGCAGAGCAACCCUGUCCCCUCCCUUGACUCUGCCGCCGCCCUUCAUCCUCAGCCCCAGUCCAGACGGUCCAGGCGUGGGCCUCUUGCUAACAAAGCACCUAGCAGAGAGCUGGCCUCCAGCUCCCCCCUCACUGUCCCUUUCCCCGUAGGAGUGCCUUAUAGUCUAGUGUAUGUAGUCUGACCCACUGGAAGCCUCCAGGCUCCUUCAGCUAACUACCCAUGGAUCCCUUCGCUCUUCCGGCCGGCUGCUCUUCAGUGCUCACUGCACCCUUGCUUAACCUGGUGCCUUAACUUCACAAGUAAAGGGAUUCACACUGCACACACGCUCUUCAAAUGUCACAUCGGUUUCUUCCACGCCGCCGCUGGCACUUUUGACCAGGAAGUACAAAAGACAUAAUCAUACGAUGUUUUGACCAUAUUUUAUGUUUCCUAGCCACUCUCUGCUUGCUUUCAUUAACCAAACUCAGGGGAAUGUCAUGUCACCAAGGUCAAGAAAGAAACUAGCUACCCAGAACUGAAUAUGUAAAGUCUACCAACUCGGUGUUUAUUAAGUUCAAAAGUAACACCAACACAAAGAUUUUUUUUUUCUUCUACUGUAGAAAGAUUUUCGGUUUUUGCCUCCUGUGUCCCACAUGGGAAGUGGGAAGCCUCUGGGGUACACCUUGAUGACGGUGUCCCCUGUGUGCAGCCUGGGGAGUCCACGAGGCCACCGAAGCAGGCUUUGCCGUGGGAGUGUUCCGCCUUUGGUGGUGGCCUGUCAGGCUCCUAGUGUAAACAGUUAUCCGCUGUCUCUGGGGAAUGGCAAAAGAGGAGAAUGUCAAGGCUGCAGGUGAGGAACAGGAGUGUGGUGAUGCAGAAGGUUUCCGUACAGCGUGUUCUCGGCCUCCUGGAUCAGAUCCGCAUCAGUUCCCCUUAGUUCUGCUCAUGCGGUACAGAAUCAAUUAGGAUUUGGCAUCUGAGCGGUUCCCUCACUCCGUGUUAGUUAUUUGUAAUAGCUAAUGGGCUAAUUCAUGUGUUCUUUGUUGUCUGGGUUUUAUUGCCUUUUGUUUUUCGUUAAUUUAUCCAUAUUUUUGUUUACAUUAUUUUUUUAAGAUAGUAACUGUAAUAAUGUCAAAGUGAACUUGUGCUGUUGAUGGGACAUCUCAUUUUUUACAGGGAUCUGUCACAUAAUUUAAGUGCACCCAUUCCAAAUUGUAUAAAGUUCUCUCAAUAAACAACAAUGAAAGUA